AUGCAGCCGUCAACUCCCCUGGUACUCCUAGCUUAUGUCCCCGGAGUCGCCCAAGGCUCCUUAUUGGGCCCUCUUGGCUGGGGCGAUGGAAGGAUCACGACCAUCUCGGGCAACAGCAGGGAAGUUGGAAGAGGUCUGGGCCUCGACGGUUCUCGCCUGAGAGUCUGGGACUCUGUCCUGGGACCCAGGGCAGUCGCUGGCGUCAAUUUGAACAAUGCGCCCAGCAAUGGCACAAUCUUCCACAUGCCAUGCCAUCUCGCUUCCCUGCUUUCCAGCCCACAGCAGGUGACACCACCCCCUUCUUCGCAUUGGAGUGAUUCGCAGCGGACAACCAUGGCGAGGGCCCUUUUCGCCCCCCAUGGGAAUGUGCGAAUGCUUCUGCUGCUGCUGCUGCCGCUGACGCCCGGCUCAGCCUGCAAUUGCGUGCGCAACCAACAGCAUCCAUCCCUCCACCCUCCCUUCCAGCUCGUGUUCCAUUUCUCCACGGCAAAACUUUACUUUCCGCGGACCAGUCACGAGCCGCCUGCGAUCCCAUCAUCGAUCCGAGUAGGCAAUGACAGCUCAAGGCUUCCCCACCACACUAUUGGAGGUGACGACGCCUAUGGAUGCUUGAUGCUCGUGAAGGUGGCCUUUACGAGUGGUAUAUCCGUCGAGAAAACCUAUGCAGAAUGCUCUGCGCUUGUACAUUUGGAAGACUCGAAAAUAGCAUCGGCACUUACACACCUAGCCUUGAUGUAUUGGGACACUUACGUCGUCAAUCGUCCGAGAUCUGUGCUUCAUCUGCAGAGUAACAUGCCUGUACGUUCCGUUCCACGCCUUGUUGUGUUCGGGUGGGAGCACUGA